GCUGGUCUCCAUCUCCUGGCCUCAAGCAAUCCUCCUGCCUCAGCCUCCCAAAGUGCUGGGAUUAAUAGGUGUGAGACAUCAUGCCCAGCCUCCUCACAGUUUUUAAUCUCCUUACUUCUUUUUUUUUUCUGCUUUCUGCAAGAUUUUCUUUGUUAUAUAUCCUCAAAACAAUCUAUUAAACUUUUAAUUUCAAUCAUCAAAAUUCUAAGAGUUAUUUUUUGUUCACACAUUAUUCUUUUUUCAGAAAAUUAUAGGCUGAUAUUAAUAUGUGCAUGCUGUAUUGCCAUAGACUGAUUAUUUGUGUCCCACCCCUCACCACAAAUUUAUAUGUUGAAACUUAAUCCCUAAUGUGAGGGUAUUUGGACAUGGAGCCUUUGGGAGGUAAUUAGGUCAUGAGGGCAGAAUAGAAGUAGUGGCCUUAAAAAAGAGGCCCCAGAGAGAUCCCUCGCCUCUUCUGCCAAGUAAAGACACAGCAAAUAGAUGACUGUUUUUGUGAACUAGGAGGAAGACCCUCACCAGACCUUAAAUUUGCUGGCACCUUCAUCUUGGACUUCCCAGCCCCAUCCAGAACUGAGAAAGAUAAAUUUCUGUCAUUUAUAAGCCAUCUAGUCUAUGGUAUUCUCUUAUAGUAGCCCAAGCUAACUAAGAUAACUAUAUUUAUCUCUCUGAAAAUUUUAAUUACUAUUGUCCUGGAUUAGGCUUUGGCUUAAGGGAAUGUUGUACCAGUUUGAUCUUCUAUCCAGACCACUAUAGGUUUCUCUAUAUCAGCAAUAAGGCUGUUUCACUUUUUUAUCAUCCACAUGUUCCCUGGUGUGGCACUUUUAAUUUCCUUCCAGAACUUUCCCUUCGUAUUCACUACUUGGGCCGUUCGGUGCAAUAGGCCUAACUUAUGGUUUAAAGUGAGAGAUGUGCAACUUUUCCUUUCACUUUAACACUUAGAGGGUAUUGCAGGGUUAAUUUCAAUGUUGUUGCCUCUCAGGGGAUAGAGAGCCCCAAGGAGAGGGGGAGAGACAGAGAACAUAGAGCAGUCAGAGCACAAACAUUAAUCAAUUAAGUUUGCUGUCUUACAGGAGCAUGGUUUAUGGAGCCUCAAAAUACUAUCAAUAGUAAUGUCAGAGAUUACUGACCACAGAUUGCCAUAACAGAUAUGGCAACAUUGAAAAGUUUGAAAUAUGCGAAUUGCCAAAAUGUGACAGAGAAACAUGGAGUAAGCAUAUGCCGGUGGGAAAUGGUGCUGAUGGACUUGCUCGGCGGAGAGUUGUCACAAACCUUCAAUUUGGAAAAUAUGCAAUAUCUGUGAAGCACAUAAAGUGAAGCACAAUAAAAUGAGAUAUGCCUCUACUAAAAAAAUGCUCAGGUAAUUUUAAAAGUCUAUGUUGCAAAUCUUCCCAGCCAAAAUAGACUUUAUAAAUGAAUUUAAAUGUGAAAUUCCAGACAGAACAACUACUUAACUGAGAUUACUGCUUCAGAUAAAGAUGAAAUAAUGGAGACUGGAUUUACCCUCCCACCUGAAACAACUAAAACACUGUAUAAAACAUAUGAAAUAACAGCUUUCAAGACAUUACAUAUCAAAUAUUGAAGGACAGUGAUCCCUGGAAGACAGAAAACCUUACAACUGCCCAUGCUUUCUGUUUAGAGAAAGCUUUGAGGCCUAGAAGUAGGGUGACGAACCUAGGAAGCGCCUGUUGGUAUCCCUGAAUGGAGAAGCUGAACCUGGGAGUCCAGGAAAGCCGAGGGAGCUAGAAGCACACAGAGAAGACCGGCAGAGAGGAGAGUGUCACACGGAGAAACAGCUCCAGAGAUCUGCAGAGGGUCCCCUGGAGUACUCAGUUGAUUCUGAUCGGCACAUGCAUGGGAGAAAAAUACCCAAGCUAGCGCAAACACUGCCCAGAUUUCAGAAAAUAACUGCCUACCAGAUAAUUCCUGCUGAAAGCUGCAAGUGCAGAAAAGCAUAUAUGGCUUGGAGUCUUUCCCAUCCCUUCAUUGUUAGCUGCCUGAAUCACAUCAGACUUUCCCCUGCCUCUUGGAGAUACAGUAUUGCUGUUGACUUUUUGUGUUUGGCUUUCUGGACUACUUGCAGUCUGACAGUGUGUACCUUUCAUAGCAGAAGUUACUCAACCAUGAGCUAAUAGCAUGACUCUACUUCCCUUACUUUUCCGUUACACACUCCUGAGUAGUUUGACUAUUGUCCCCAUAAUGAGAUUAUCCUUACUAGGUUGCUUCUGGGAAUGAUCAACAUGGCCUAGCUGCUGGCACCUCCUUCUCUUUCUUUGGGAUGCCACUCCGUCUUUCUUUCCUCUCUCUGUCUCUCUCUUUCCUCUAAAAAGGAUAAAAUAAACUUUUUACUCUUAUAUAUCUCAAUUUCUGCAUCUUUCUCCACCUGUGCCAUGAGCACCUACAAGGCUUUCCCACCCUAACAAAAGAUCUUAGCAGACACUACCAAUGGAGAUAUAUGCAAUGGCAAAUCGACACACAAAAUGAUGCUCAACAUUAUUAGGUUAAUGCAAAUUAAAAUCAUAAUGAGGCAUCACUACAAACCUCUUUGAGUAUCUAAAAUGAAAAAGACUAUCCCUGAAAUAAUUACAGAAUCAAAGGGUGUGAGCAUAUUUGGGCUUUAGCCAUAUAAUGCUUAUUUGUUUUCUAAGAGCUUCACUGAAUAACUCUUACCUGCAACCAAUGAAAGUAAAAGUUCCACUGCCCUCCCACCAGCACAUUAGGAAAAUAUUUUAAACACAAGUUUCUCUUAGACAUUUAAGGGAUUUAGAAGUAGUAAAUUACCAUGAAGCUUUGGGGGGCUCAUUUUGGCAAGUCCCUCUUGUUUUCUAGUUUCAUCUACAAGUAUUUUUCUCAAAUUUAGUUGGUAGAAAAGCAAUUGUAGGUUUAGUGCACUUUGUGGAAAUGCAAAAAAUAGAACAGGUUAAUUCAAUACUAGCUACAAACAAAAGAAGUCACAUGCUAUGUUCACAUUUAGACCAGCAAAAACAGUCCUCAGAGUGAGAAAGUAAUUAUCUACUGGGGCAUUUAUCAGAGGCUCAAAUAACAAAGAUAAAGCCAGUUGCAAAAUUAAUAAAACACAACCUUUCUCCCAAAGAAAUACUGCACAUGUAAAGAUGAUUUUAGGUAACUAUCGCUUUCUUACUGAAAAACUUCCUUCUCUAAAAUCACAGACUAUCAGAAACUUUGAGAAUGUAUCAGUAAGGAUGAAAUAACUUUCUUUUGGCUGGAGAAGCUAUCACUUUGACAUAGAGACUCAGUUUCACAUUCCAACCCUAGUGCUAGUGCACAGAUAGCUACACAUAAGGAAAGCCUUUCUGAACACAACGUUCCUGUAUCUGUAUUAACUUCGUAGUUCUCAGCAAGAUCCUGGGUCCAUUAUGCAGUCCAUACGUGACAUUGAACCCUUUACACAUAGCCCUAACUGACUUUGAAUCUGUGAAACCAUUGCUUCAGUUAAAUUUCACCUAAAUUUCUACUUUUCCUUAAAAAGUAGCCGGGUGUGGUAUAGUAGCAGGCACUUGUAGUCCCAGGUACUUGAGAGACUGAGGCAGGAGGAUCGCUUCAGCCCAGAGUUUGAGGUUGCAGUGAACUACGAUGAGCCACUGCACUUUACCAGGGGUGAUGCAGUCAGACUCUGUCACAAAAGCAAAGCAAAGCAAAGCAAAACAAAACAAAACAAACACAAACAAAAAAACUUAUAAUAACUAUUUUUUCCUUUGUAUGGUGAGAUGCCUCCAAAGUUCCCUGCUGUGUGAUCUGGUCAUUGUAGGUCGGGGACAGAAUGAUAAAGGUGAGUUUCUAGGACUACAGACCUGCCAACUAAAGGUGGUCUUAGGCUGAUACAGUUUUUUAAAAAGAAUGUUCUCAAUUAAAAUGUUUUCAUAAAUUGUAUCUGUUUGCAAUCAUUUGCGUAUAAAUACUGAACAGGAAAAGGUGGGCCAUAAUUUUGGUAAGGCAAUAUCUGAGCAAACCACAAAAAAAGCAUUUUAACAUCAUUGUUCUAUAGACCAAUACCUGGGUGUAGAAAGAGAGAGAAAGGUCAACUAUCCUACUUCAGUAGAGCAGUGGCCAAGAGGGACGCAUGCGCUGUAGCUCAGAGCCUCGAUUCCCCUCGAACUACCCGGGGCGGUCUCGAAGCCUACCGGAACUACAAUUCCCAGCAUGCUGAGCGGCGCAGAGAGUGGAGGCGGUGAGUGAGAGAAAGGCUCGGGGGCUCCUGGGCCAGUGAGGACAGCUUUUCCUUUUGAAGCGGUUUUGCUCUUAGUUCUGCCUGAGUCGUCGGUUCCUCAGCGGUCACGCAGGAGCGGGAGGAGUCGUCGUGGUGGCGACGGCGACCCGGGACAGUAGCGACGGCGGCGGAGACAGCAGGAGCGGUGGUGCUGUCAGUUAGGCCGUCGGAGAAAUGGGAGACCCGGGGCCGGAGAUAAUAGAAUCUGCCCCUCCAGCUGGGCCUGAGGCAUCUGAAUCUACAACGGAUGAAAACGAAGAUGACAUUCAGUUUGUUAGUGAAGGACCAUCGAGACCUGUUCUUGAAUACAUUGAUUUGGUCUGUGGUGAUGAUGAAGAGCCUGGCACUUAUCAUACUGAUAUUCCGUUCCCUAAAAUGUCAAAACGACAGGGUGAUUUUUUACAUUUUUUAAAUGUGAAGAAGGUGAAGAUGGAAACAGAAAGUAACAAUAGGAACAAAAAUCAUUGUGGAUUUUCUAAAUCAAAGGAACCAAAUUUUGAACAACCAAUCAUUGAAGAAAAGCCAUUGUGUUCAUUAAAGGAAGAAAUAGAUAAUCUGGUGCUUCCAGAUUGUUGGAAUGAAAAACAAGCAUUUAUGUUUACAGAACAGUAUAAAUGGCUUGAAAUAAAAGAAGGUAAAUUAGGAUGUAAGGAUUGUUCAACAGUUCGACAUUUGGGAUCGAAAGCAGAAAAGCAUGUCCAUGUGUCCAAGGAAUGGAUUGCGUAUUUAGUAACCCCUAAUGGUAGCAAUAAAACUACUAGGCAAGCUUCUCUGCGAAAAAAAAUUAGGGAACAUGAUGUUUCUAAAGCCCAUGGUAAAAUUCAGGAUUUGUUAAAGGAAUCAGUUAAUGAUUCAAUUUCUAAUUUGGUGCAUAAACAGAAUAAUAAAAAUAUUGAUGCUACCAUAAAAGUUUUUAAUACUGUUUACAGUUUAGUAAAACAUAAUAGACCUUUAUCUGAUAUUGAGGGGGCAAUAGAAUUACAAGAAAAAAAUGGAGAGGUCAAUUGUUUAAAUACACGCUACAGUGCAACAAGAAUAGCAGAACAUAUUGCAAAAGAAAUGAAGAUGAAGAUAUUUAAGAAUAUUAUAGAAGAGAAUGCCAAAAUCUGUAUCAUAAUUGAUGAGGCAUCUACAGUUUCUCACAAAAAAAGCACCCUAGUGAUCUAUCUCCAGUGCACAGUUCAGUCAGCUCCUGCACCUGUUAUGUUAUUUGUUGCUUUAAAAGAAUUGGUGUCAACCACAGCAGAGUGUAUUUUCAAUACAUUAUUGACUACUUUAAAUGAUUGUGGGUUUACAAAUGAAUAUUUGAAAGCAAAUCUAAUUGCAUUUUGUUCUGAUGGUGCUAAUACAAUACUGGGAAGAAAGUCUGGAGUAGCCACAAAAUUGUUAGAAUAUUUUCCUGAAAUCAUCAUUUGGAACUGUUUAAGCCAUCGAUUGCAAUUGUCACUUGAUGAUUCAAUAUCUGAAAUAAAACAAAUUAAUCAUUUUAAAAUAUUUCUUGAUAAAAUUUAUUCUAUUUAUCAUCAGCCUAAUAAAAAUCAAACCAAGUUUUUAGGAACUGUAGCUAAAGAACUUGAAAUUGAAAUUAUUAAAAUUGGUCGGGUAAUGGGACCAAGUUGGAUAGCAUGUAGUUUACAGGCUGCUACUGCUGUAUGGCGUGCAUAUCCUGUAUUAUAUAUGCAUUUUUCUCAUUCUUAUUCUGGUUUGGCAAAGAGAUUAGCAAACAUUAAUUUCUUACAAGACCUUGCUUUAAUGAUUGACAUUCUUGAAGAAUUUUCACUACUUUCGACUGCAUUACAGUCAAGAUCAACUAACAUUCAGAAAGCACACAAAUUGAUCAAACGUACCAUUAAAGCUUUUGAAAAUUUAAAAAUUGGUACUGGAAAGUAUGAAUCUCAAAUUGAAGAACUGAUUAAGUCAGAGAAGUUUAAAGAUAUUCCACUUAAUAAAAAUAAUAAAUUUAAUGCUCUUCCUAGGAAUAUGUUACUAGAAAAUAUUAUUCAGCAUAUGAACUUACGUCUUUUAUCUGACAGAAACCAUGAUGAUGAAAGUAUUCUUAAUUAUUUUGAUUUACUAGAACCUUCUAUGUGGCCUUAUGAAGAAAUAACUUCACCAUGGAUAGUUGGUGAAAAAAAAUUAUUUCAUUUGUGUGAAAUUUUAAAAUAUGAAAUCAAUUUGAAUGAUUUUCGGGAAUUUGUAAAUAAUAAUAUAAAAUCAAACAAUGUUUCAAUUCCUACAACUAUCCAAAAAGCUAAAAAGAUAGUUAGCACUAUUGCAAUCAAUAGUGUUGAAGCUGAAAGAGGUUUCAAUUUAAUGAACGUAAUUUGUACGAGGGUGAGAAAUAGUUUAACAAUAGAUCACAUAUCAGAUUUAAUGACAAUAAAUUUAUUGGGGAAAGAAUUAGCAGAUUGGGAUGCAACUCCAUUUGUAAAAUCUUGGUCAAAUUGCAACCAUAGGUUGGCUACAGACACAAGAGUUCGGCAGAAAUCAACAAAAGCCUAUGAGAAUCAAUUGGCUAUACGGAACUUACAAUAAAGAGUAUUAUAUAUGUUUUUAUCUGUAAAUUGUGUACCACAUAUCCUUUAUAUAGAGAGUUUUUUUGUAGGGGGGAAGCCACUUAAACUUUUAUCAGCUUGUUGCUGUUUUAAAAGGCAUUUCUCUACAGAGAGAAAGUUGAUGAUUGGUUUCGGGAACUAUAAUUUUUUAGAGAUUGGCCUAUGUCUGCUAGAAUGGGUCAUAAUAUAUAUUCUAAGAAGUUCUGUACAGAACAUCCAACCAUUUCCACUUCUGUACUAUUUAAGGAUGCAAAAAAAUAAGAUGACUCAGAUCUAAGUUCCUAAGUUCCGGAGGUUAU